AUGUCUUAUGUCAUUCUUGAUUAUGGCGAGAACGUCGGUGGACUCCCUUUUUUCGAUAUUGAUCAAGUAACUGGCAAUUCUUCACUUCGAGUAUCCUAUUCGGAAGCAUUACCCAAUGUAGUCGAUGGUGAUAUGGAAUUCUAUCCGCUGAUACGUUCAUUCGAUCCUUAUCGUGUCAAAAGUUAUGAUAUUAUAAAUCGUGGUCAUAUUGAAAGUCCUCUCAUUCAAGGUGCUCAGCGAUAUCAACGUUUAGCGUUAACCGAUGGGGGUAGUAUACGAAUCAGUAAGUUAGGCAUCAAAUCGACGCACUACACAAAGGAAAUUUCUUCGGCACCUGGAUCGUUUUCGUGCAGCUCGGUAUUAUAUACUGAUAUGUGGAGAAUGGGUGCCCGUACUCUACAAAUUAACAUGAUUCCUCCUCGCAUCACACCUCCAGGAUUUCUUGCUACCAAUCAAGGCUUUUUUCUAACGGCAAACCAAGCUGGCGUCUAUCUACGAGGCAUGCAAUGGGUUAAUUAUACAGUCAUAUUUUCGACAAUGAUUAUGAGUGGUGGAACCUCAUUUGCUCUGCGUUCGAAUGACUAUUCCGAGAUUCUUAUUACUAUUAAUUCAAAAGAGCAUUUCAAUCCGAAUACUUUAGUAGUCAAUACGCGACAGGAAUUACCACCUCCGGAUUCCUACAUCUACAAUGCAACUUUACCUCUUAAUAUCUCUCUUCUGACAUGGUACGAUAUCAAAGCUAUAGUUCAAGGUUUGACAAUUGAACUCUCGAUUAACGGCGCCACCACUUUUACUAUUCCUAUACCUGAGUCUUCAAGUCCUUACGUACCUUCUAUAACACCUGGUGGUAUUGCUUUCACGACUUCAAAUAGCCAAGAGACAUUCUUUCGUGAUCUCCAAGUGAUCGACAUCUCUCCUGAUAAUUUCGGAGUCAUUCUAUAUCAAGACUCACUUACUUCGCAGCAAGCGGUGUCUGAUUUUGGUGUGGGCACGAAUGAAUUGCCUGUUAUUCUCGAUGGUGCGAAACGUGAUCGAAACGUGUGGUCCGGAGAUAUAUUAGUGGCUGGUCCAGUGCUUUAUUAUUCUUUUUAUGAGCCUGAAUAUGCAGCUGGAUCACUAGCAAUUUUAAACAGUUAUCAGUUGAUGAAUGGACCAGUGUCAUCGAGAAUUAAUGUUGGAUUUCCCCUUCAACAAAGUAAUCCCAGCGACGAAUUCGUUUCGCCAAUCUUUUACAGUUACACAUAUUUUCUCGCAAACAUUAUUAGUGUGGCCGAAUACUAUCUCUAUACAGGUGACAUUCAAUUUGUACACAAUCAAUGGCCGCGGAUGCAAUUGUUGAUGAACUUUUUUUCAAAACUAGUUGAUACGGAUAAUCUCGUUGUUACCUCAUACCCAGUAUGGGGCUACGAUUAUAAUCCUUCAUAUGGUACAUACAAUGGGAAGUUUACGAAAUUGAAUAUACUCUAUGCUAUGGCAUUAGAUAACGCGGCGUCUUUGGCUGAUGCUAUUAGCAAUGUCACUGCAGCUAACCAGUAUCGUCGACAAGCUGCUGCUAUACGAACUGCAGUGAACACGUAUCUCUACAACUCUACUGCCAACUUUUACAUGAUUUCUGAUCAGCAAACUGUUGGCUUAGCUCAAGAUACCAAUUCAUUGGCCAUUCUGUCUGGCAUUGCAUCGGAUUUGAACUCCAAUGUACCACAGCAACUGCUUGAGCAGAUGAAACAAAAGCUACGUGUGUCGGUUGCUAGCGGCUCCGGAUAUCUAUCUAUCACUUCCGAUGGAAUUCCUGCGAGUUCUUCGGUUAUUGUUUCACCGUUCAUUUCUUUUUUUCAUGCAGCAGCAGCUUUUGAACAAGAUAGAAGUGAUCUCGCAUUUGAUGUGCUUGAAUCUGUUUGGUCACCUAUGGUUCAACCAGGACCUUACUUCACCGGCACAUUUUGGGAAUCAGAACGUCCUAGUGGCUAUCCUGGGGCAUCUACAAGCAUGGCACAUACUUGGAGCGCAGGAAUAACUGCUAUUCUGUCCAAAUAUGUACUUGGAAUAAAACCUUUGUCUGCUGGAUAUACUACAUGGUCGAUUCGUCCUCAACCAGGCAAUCUUACAUGGGUUGCUGGAACUGUUUGUACACCUUAUGGGAUUAUGUCAGUCGGUUGGAAUAAUAGUAAUAUUGAAUUCAGAAUUGUGGUCAAUAUUCCUCGUUCUACAAGUGGUGUCGUAUAUGUACCUACACAAAAUAAUUGCAUAAUUGUGAAUGGAAAUCGUUUGUCUGUGACAUUUUAUGACAAUUCUGUGCACGGAGUGGAUAAGAUUGCAAGAAAUGGUAGUUAUUUGGGAGUUUAUAUUGUCUCGCCUGGAUCAUAUUCUAUUAUUUCAAACUUUACAUGCAACGCUGUCUCAGCUCUUUUUUUUCGUUCUUUUACAUUGAUUUGUUUGAUUUUGUACCCAUUCUUAAUUUCGCUUGAACUUAGUCUUUAA